UGUGGGGUCCUGAGUCAAUGUGGUGUGCUUCAGCUUCUUACGUUUGUGUGUUUAGGAUGGAAGGGCUGUAGUUUGUUUUGAUCGUGUUUCAUUUCAAAUCUUAGUUUUCUGAUACGUUUUUUUGUGUCUUCUUUGCGUUUGUUACCAUGAUGCCCGGGGAGAAUCACUCUCAAGCAGCAGGAAUUGCUUCAGAUGCAACAGCAGGAACUUGUCAGAACUGUAACGCUUUGCAGCAGAAUCUGAAUGAAUAUGUGGCAACACUGCUGGCUUUGAAGCAAAAGAUAAUUGACACUGAUCAUCUGCUUAUGGAAUAUCAAGAAAAAUGUGAUGAGCUCCAGAAAGCUCAAAGGGAGACUAGCUCUCUCCAUCAUCAACUAGAUGAAUUGUUCUUGAAAUUGACACCACUGGAAAAGCAAAAUGAGGAAUUUGAGGCAAUGAAGUCUGAAUUAGAAGAGAAGAGGAGCUCCCUAAAACUCUGUCAGCAAACGCUCCUGGAAUCUGAAAGCCUGAAAGAAGAGAUCCGUAAAACAGAAUCUGUAAAGAAGCAACUUGAAGAUAAAGUGAAGAAACUUGAAGAUGCAGGAGAGAAACAGGGACAAGAGUUAAAGCAGCUAAAGAUGGAAAAGAACAUGCUGGAGAAAGAGUUGGACAAGACUCAGAGCUCUCUAAAGCUCUGUCAGCAGAUGCGUCUGGACUAUGAAAACCAGAAAGAAGAGAUCAGUAAAACGGAGUCUGUAAAGAAGCAACUUGAAGAUAAAGUGAAGAAACUUGAAGAAACAAGAGCGAGUCAGAGCCAAGAGAUAAAGCAGCUGAAAAUGGAAAAGAACAUGUUGGAGAAAGAUUUGCAGAAGACUCAGUUUAAUCUUGAAAAACUGGAGGAAGAAAAUAGGCAAAAAGAUGUAAGGAGUGCAUCAGUUCAAACAAAUACACCAGAGGAAACGGGAGUAAAAAUUGACCAAACCAAAGUCAGGAUGCUUUUACAAGAACUCUGGAUGUGUUUAGAACCUUCCUCUCAGAUAUCACAAGCUACAGACAGACAACAUUUUCCAUUUAAAGAGACAGGCUUACACAGGAGAACCAGCAAUCCACAUCCUUGUGUCCAGCCAACCUUGUCUAAAAGUCCUUUGAAGCAUCAAAUUCAGAACACCCAGCCACUCUUUCACAGAAGCCCAUCAGAAGACCUUCAGUGUUAUGAGCCAAUUAGAUUUCAAAGUAAUAGUUCGAAGUCUCCUGUGUUACCUGUGCCUGAAUCUGCAGGCACAAUGCACAAAAAAGGAAAGCGUAAAAGAAAAAGGUACAGUGGGAAGUCAGAAGAGGAUGUUCACAUAGAGGCUGUUGUAAGUGAGGAAUCUAAGGAACUAACUGUAAAUGACAAUGUGAAUGAACAGCUUGAGUUUCUCUCAAAUAAGGAAAAAGAACAUAGUCCACUAAUCCGAGGUGAUAUUGAAGAAGUACUGGAGUGUUUCAAGCCUCUACCCCCAGUGCUAUCUCCAUUGAACCUUUCACUGCCUAAUAGUGAGGAUUCCCUAUUUGGAUAUAUGUCCGAUUCAAGCGCUGAAGAGAAGGGAGUUCGAUUUUGUGAUGUAACUAAAGAGAAAGAUAAAACACUUUCUGAGAAAUCUGAUCCCAGUUGUAUGAAAGAAUAUUAUGAGGGUGAGAUACCUUCCAGUUUACCCAAAUCUGGGCAUGAGCACCCGACCCAGAAUGCAGGCUUGUCUUUAGGAAAUAACCUGACCGUCUCUCCUACUGUUCCUCAAAUUUCUGAUGAAACUGUACCUUGUGGUUCGUUGGACAUAUGUAAUGAAUAUCACACAUCAGGACAUAAGGACAAUGGCAGCAACUUGCUUUCCCCCGAGUGUCAGCAAAUUAAUACAGAAAACCUUACUUUCUCAGUCCCAACUGAAGAGACAAGAUAUCCAGAGGUUCCUUCACAUAAAGAGGCAUCUCAGUGCAGUGUCUUAGAAAAUGAGGAGCCAAAACAAAACAAUGGAAAAUUAAACUCCUUGCAGUGUGAGAAAGAUAUUGUGGACGAAUGCCCUGUGUCUCUUCCUGAUUGUCUUGUUAAAGACUCUUUAUCUGAAGAACAUCUUAGCCCAAAUGACACUGAAAACUCAAAUACAGAAUACAUGGAGAUAGAGCAAAGCAAACAAGAAGUAAGUGAAAUGGAUACAGAAUGUUCUCUUGCUGGAGAGACAGAAAUACAUAAGAAACAGCCUUCUAGUCCAUUGUGUACAGCUGAAAGAAAACUACAAGAAACGGAUAAAACAGACAUUGUUUGCUCAAUCAGAGACGAUAGGGAGGUAUGCAGUGCACAAGAUAUGCUUUUCCAGACUGCUCCUGCAAAUGCUGACUGCAAAGAAAAAGAAAGCACGGGAUCCUGUUCAAGGGUUUCUGUAAAACUGCAAGAACAUAGUGAAACAGAGGAACAGUUUACAAAAUACAACACGACUGAACAGGAGCCUGAAAGUGAAACUGAACAAACAGUGUUAAAGGAUUCAGCUGAUGGGUCUUUACCAAAACAUGAGAGCUUAGGAGAGCUGAAUAGCUGUGAGGAAAGUUGUAAAAAAGUGAAUUCAGAACAUACUGAGGAGGAAAGGUUUGUAGACUAUCUUAAAGUUCAAACUAGUGCAUCAGAUUCAACUAAAAACAUAAUAUCCCCACAAAAUAACUCAAGUUUAUCUGACGAUGAAAUGGAACAAACCAAAAGAAAAAUCACGGUUGAUGUGAUGGAGAACUGCCAUGUCUUGCAAAAACGUGAAACGACAGAACCUUCUGUGAAACAAAAUAUUGACACAUUAAUAGAAAGUGCGCCAUCAUCUGACAUUACGCAAUGUGUGAAAGGUGAAAUGAUGUCUACAGACAAGGGAACUGUAGAAGGACCAUUAUGUGGCUUACCAGUAGAUUCAGAUAAAGGGCUUUGUGAAUUUCAAGAAACUGAGUCAGAGAAAAUUAGUGAAUUGGACAGUAGUAACCCUGAGUCACUUCAGCAUGAUGCUGAGUGCCCAAGAGGAACAGACAGAGGAGUACCUUUGGGAAGUGAUUUGUCCAUUUUGGAUGAACAUAGUUCAGCACAAAAUCUUUUUAAAGAUGCUGACAAUGCAGAUAAAGAGGCAAUAAAUCAAACUUGCAGUAAUGGAAACCCUAAUGUGAGUAAAAAUGACAUGUCUUCCGUGGAACAGAAAGUCAAAGAUGAAAAAAUAAUGAAAGAAAGUAGAUUAAAUGAUUCUUUGGAAGAGACAGAUUCAUCAGAUGAUCAAGAAGGUUGCAUACUUCAAAGGAAAGUUAAGACAAGCCAGCGUGCUGAAAGCCAUGAUUCUAAUGAAAAGGCAAACACUGUGCUUCAUUCACAUCAAGAUUUCACAAAAUUAGAGGAUCCUCUUCCAGAAGAUGUGAAAGUAACUUCUAAUGAGUCUGAAUCUCAGAGCAUCUCUGUCAUGUCCAAAAAUACAUUUCCCUCCUUAGGCGAUAAUUCUGACAUUCAACAGUGUGUGUCAACUGGUGGAAUAAACACAGAUGUUCCCAAAGGAAACGAACAAGUAGAUGAGAGUGAGCCAGAGUCCACUUUAAAAAUAUCUGGUACAUGCUUAUUUGAUAAUGAUAUUAAAACUUCAAAUGAUUGUGAGGUGACAGGGGAUGAAAAGGACUUGAAUGAAAGCAAAGCUUGUGGUCUUGCUAACAUUUUACUUGAAUCAAGGAAUAUUACGGAAGCAAAUAAUCUGAGUUCUGGAAUUCCCAAACUUCCCUCACAAUCAGUAUUAGAAAGUGAAUCAGAUACCCAUCACGGAUACGAGAAAUGUAAUGAAAGUGCUUUGUGUAAAGUGACUGAAGCAGUGUUUGUUAAUGCACCUGAGUGUAUUAACAGAAAUGGAGAAAUUGCAAAACCUGAAGUAUGUCCUCUGAGUGCUGUUAAGACUGUGACUUCUAAUGAUUCAGCAGUUCCUGAUUGUACACGACCACAGCCUUUUUCUGCAGAAGAUGGAGUAAAAAGAAAAAUAAUCCAUGCAGAUCCUCCAGCACAGGCUACUGCAGAUACCCCUCUCUCACCAAAGCCUUCCCCAGAAUCUAUAAAGAAAGUUCGCUCCAAAAUGGGCCCGCCUCUCCCUCCACUUCUGCAGCCACUACCUGCAACGCCUCCAGCAUCCCGGAAACGUCUUUCCCCUUCAAAGUCCUCAUCUAGCAGGUUGUUUUGUCCUUCACCAGUGGAUGAACAGGUUUCUUCCGUGAAAGAAAAACCAGCAACUUCAAUUACGUCACCACUUUCAAAUGAGCCAAAUAACUCCCCAUUCUGGGCUACGCCGUCCCCCUCAGACGUUUGUAAAAGCAGGGUGGUUUCCUCUCCAUUGCAAUUCUGCGCAACUACCCCAAAACAUGCUCUUCCAGUGCCUGGCAGACUUCCUCCUUCAGCGUUAGCAUCUUCCACCUCCUCUAACUUGCCUCAGGAGAACUCUGUGAGAAUCCUGGAUUCUAUGUAUCCAGAACUCUCGGCCCGUGCAAUAACUCUUAAUAUUCUGCGAGGGAAUGUUUGUCUUAACAGAGGUAUGCCUGGAACUGGAAAUGCUGCACCCAGAUCUGCCAAUCAGAUCUCUGGCUUUAAAUCCAUUAAUUCAUCAACAACUGCUUUUACCAAAACAGGAAAGGCUUGUGAAUCGGAAGGCAGCAGUUUCCAGCACCCAUCAGAUAAUUCCGAAAUCUGUGAUUCAGGUUUAUUAGGUAAGCCUAAACAAGCAGGAAAAAGAGUUAGCGUACUUUUGCCAAGAAGUGCCAAAAGACUUCGGUUAGAUAAUGAUUCACCAGUUCCUGAAAAGACUAUUUUGCCUUUUCCAUCUUGUGAGAAUUCUACAGAGCUUCUUGAUGGAGAGUCUAGAUUACGUAACCAAGGUCAAAAUUUACAGUCUGUUGAAAAGGAAGCAGAUGUCAAAAAAAUCCCAUCACAUAAUCCACCCGAGGCAAUAUUAAAUGCAUUGAAGAAAAUUGAAAACACCUGUUUUGAUUUGCUACCUGUAAUUAGAAGUCAUAUACACGUUGGAAAAAUUCCUCAGGUACCAGUGCUGAGAGAUGAAGAGCGUGAGGUCAUUCACGGAUUUUGUGUAGUGAACAAGCACUUGGCAGAAGAUUUGCUGUCCAGCAUUCUUACGAAGAUGAAAUCUGAGAAGAACACUUUGGAGAGUAACCAUCUUCAGGCCCUUUGUAGAGUUUAUGUUGGAAUUUGUCGGCAGCAGGGAGACUUGGAAAGAGCCCGUGUGUUUGCAUACAGCAUAUUGAAAGAAGAUUUUCCAGAUUCAGCCAAAAUGAUCUUGUUCAUCACUGCAACCUGGAGCAAUAUCUUCUCCUUCCCGGGAUUAAUUAAUAAAUCAAUACAGGCCCUGGCGAAGCAAAGAGCAGAAGGAGAAGUCCUACAGUGUUUAACAGCUUACCUGGGUUGGGAGAAGAGUCCUCCAUGUGAUAUAAUAAAGUUACUCUCAAGUACACUUAUUGUUCUUCAAAUGGGAGUCAAUAUGAAAUUCCAGGAUAACGAGCGACAUGGGGAAGACUUGAGUCCUUGUGUUUGGGAGUAUGUAUUUGCACUUGAGUUGUUGUGCUCCCACCAAAACUGGACCUGGAUACAUGACAUUUUUUUAAGCAGGGAACUUUGGCCAAUAAUGGACAAAUGGGUGAAACAAGGACCAGUAGUAAAACACAUCCAUGAUAUUACAGUAGCUGCUGUUCUGAGACUUAUAGGUCGAGUGGGACAAAUGGGCUUGAGACAGAGAGCUGUGGUUUCUGUAAAGAAUGUUGCAAAAGUGAUUAACACAUUUUGCAGACAUGCUAAUGCAGAAGGUGUUCCCUGGGGAGUGCAGUUGGCAGCAGUGUAUGCUAUUUAUGACUUGGCUCCAAGCAAUCCCAAAGAAGCCUUGGAAGCACUCGCCGCAUGGAGAGAGGCAACCACUCGACCUGUCCCUCCUGCAGUUACCAGCUGUAUUAUGCAAAUUGGCUUUAUGUUGCGGCAGAUGAAAUAAAAGAUGCUGUUUAAUCACACUUGUGUAAUGGACUAAGGCAUCAGGCUUUGAAUUUCUACAGUCAUGCUGCAGAUAUGGGUUGAGUUUUUGGAAAGUAACAAAGCAAAGACAAGUUUUAAAGUUUAAAUCUGUUGCAUCUUUAAAUAUGCAUUUAGUCUUUGUGCUUGGAACUGAGCCAGAAUUAUAUGCUAUACCAGUUUUACUGAUUUUAGUGGAAUUUAUUUUUUUGUAUGCCAGUCCUUUGUUUUCAGAAAUGUUUUUAUUUCAUUUAAAAGUUUUAUAAGUACUGUUAAUGUUGAUAUUCACUAAAGCCAUAUUGUACAUAAGUCAGUCAUUGCUUCUUGUAUAUUAGACUAAUUCAUUUAUAUAGAAAGGAAUUUCUUUGUGUAAACAAUUCCUUUUAUAAUCCUCUAAAAUGAAACGUCAGUAAAUAUUGUAAAUGUUUGAUAAUGAUAUUCUAAAAAGACUUUGUACUUUUUUUUGUAUUAAAAUGAAAA